AUGACGGCUCUCAGCCCCUGGAGGGAACCCGGCCUCCUUUAUCAGGGUUCUCCAAUAGGGAGGGUGUCGUUUCGCAAAGUGGUAUCCACAGAUGCCUCCCUGAAAAGUUGGGGAGCUCUGUGCGACGGCGCGGCGGAAGUGGUGGAGGAACUUGCAGAGGAUAUUUUGUCCAAGCUUCCAGCAGACUUUGACACACAAAUGRUGAUGGAUCCAGUCCUGUGUGAGGAGUCUAUGAACACGGUGCUGAGACAGGAAGUCAUCCGCUUCAGCAGACUUUCAGAAGUGGUGCGCCUAAGCCUGGUAAACAUUUGCAAAGCUUUGAAAGGACAGAUCGUCAUGUACUCUGAGCURGAGGGCAUUUUUAACAGCACGCUGGUGGGAAAGGUGCCCUCACUGUGGGCAGCCUAGUCGUAGCCUUCACUCAAACCGUUYGGGAGCUACGUGACUGAUCUGUUAAGCAGACUACAGUUCCUACAGGAGUGGAUAAAUGACGGCCAAGCUCCAGUCRUCUGGCUUUCUGGCUUUUAUUCGAUCCAGUCAUUUCUUACCGGAGUGUCUCAGAACUUUGCCAGGAAGUACAGCAUCCCGAUUGACUACAUAUGUUUUGAAUUUGAGGUAACCAAUGAGGAGGCCCACAUGGAGGAGAAGCCUGAGGACGGGGCGUACGUUCAUGGUCUCUUCAUGGAAGGGGCACGUUGGGACACAGAGUCCUUMCCUAAGAUCCUGUUCGACUCCCUGUCCAUCAUCAAGCUCAAACCCGGAGAGAUGGCCAAGUUCAAACAUGAUAACAUCUACAUUUGUCCCGUUUACAAAACCAGUGCUYGUCAAGGUACGCUGUCCACCACAGGCCACUUGGCCAACUACAUCCUGUCCAUCGAGCUGCCCUCUGACAAGUCACAGAAACACUGGAUCAACCGAGGGGUGGCGUCCCUCUGCCAGCUGGAUGAUUAA